AUGUGCCGCAUUCAGGGCAUCCCGAGAGGCUCUAUUGCUCCGAGGCGCAAGCCGGCGCUCACGACCAUCUUCAAACUCCUGCUCUCGGCCAAUGCUAAGCGCCCUCGACCGUCGUCCGACAUCUUCUCCGGCGUCAUGAUCCUGAACAUCGGCCCACGGCCCCAACUGGGCAACGUCCGCGCCGCGCCGCGCCAGACUUGCCAUUGCUCAAGCUUGCCCUUCCUUCUAAAUUAUGCCCAGCUAGUUAUCACCAAUGGUCCUAUACAUGCGUAUUGCCCCGAAUACGCCACAUUUUCCUAUGCCAAGCUGUCCAGAACCCUCACAGCGACUGCUCUACUGUGGCGCAUAACCUCGCCUUCGUACGGGCGGCUCGAUCCUGCCGGCCUACACUCUGCCCAAUUAUACCCAGAUGUUCCCUUCAAUGCUGCGACCUGCCAAAUGGCACUAUUUACAGCCCGCAUGGUUCACUGCAUCCAAUACCACGGCCACAAAAUUACCAAGCUGCAGUUCGUUCACUAUUACGGAUAG